AUGGCUAAGUCCGCUUUGCCACCAUUGUUCGCGGUUCCAUUAUGUUCAUUCACUAGUGAAGGACUAAUAGAGAAUAUGUACGGUGUUGCAGGUGUUGGUAUUCAUGCUUUUCAAGAGUUUGAAGGUGUUAAGUCUAGCAAAAAGUCUUCAGUCAAAUUAUUCAGUGUAGAUUUUGCUACAGGGUGUGUUUCGACCCUGUUUGAAGUUAGAGUUGACCCCAAGUUUUAUUGGGAACAAUACUUAGUUCGUUAUUUCUUGUCUCGUCUCAGCACCAAUGAUCUCGACCGGAUUUUCAAAAGCCUCGACAGAAAGAGGGAAGGUCACGUGAGCAUUUUUGAGCUGCAACAACUUCUUGAUAGAGUUGGAAACCAUGCAACCCUAGAAGAGCUGCAGAUACUUGUGGGAUCACCAACUCUUGAUUAUUUUGAGUUUUUCUUCUUCUACGAGUCUGUAAUACUUCCGAAAAUAAGUGAAAAUAAAGAAGGAAAAUAUGACGGGUUGGAAAGUGACUUGCUUGAGGCCUUUAAGGUUUUUGAUAUAAAUGGGGAUGGAUUUAUAUCAUCUGAAGAGCUUCAAAGUGUGUUAUUAAGAUUAGGGUUAUGGGAAAAUUGUAAUGGGGAUUGCAAAAAUAUGAUUAAAGUCUCUGAUAUAAAUUCAGAUGGGGUUCUUGAUUUUGAGGAGUUUAAGAAUAUGAUGUCCCUUUCUGAUUCUUCCAAGGGUUUAUUGUAAAAUAUUGAGCUUGUUUUGACUCUCUCUCUC